UUUCUUUUGACUCUACCGGAAGCCUAGAGCCCAGUGAUUGACAGAAUUGGCACACUGGGGAGCUGGACGGGAAGUGGCCAGGAGCUGUGGGCAGAGGAAGGAGCCGUAAGGUUCCAGGAUGGUACCUAACGGCACAGCCUCUUCCUUUUGUCUGGACUCUCCCCCUUGUAGGAUCACUGUCAGCGUGGUCCUCACUGUCCUCAUCCUCAUCACCAUUGCCGGCAACGUGGUGGUCUGCCUGGCUGUGGGCCUAAACCGCCGGCUCCGCAGUCUGACCAACUGCUACAUCGUGUCUUUGGCCAUCACUGACCUGCUCCUUGGCCUCCUGGUGCUGCCCUUCUCAGCCUUCUACCAGCUCUCCUGCAAGUGGAGCUUCGGCAAGGUCUUCUGCAAUAUCUAUACCAGCCUGGAUGUGAUGCUCUGCACGGCCUCCAUCCUCAACCUCUUCAUGAUCAGACUCGACCGGUACUGCGCUGUCACAGACCCCCUGCGCUACCCCGUGCUGGUCACCCCAGUCCGGGUCGCUGUCUCUCUUGUCUUAAUUUGGGUCAUUUCCAUCACCCUGUCCUUUCUGUCUAUCCAUCUGGGGUGGAACAGCAGGAAUGAGACCAGUGGUUUCAAUCACACCAUCCCCAAGUGCAAAGUCCAGGUCAACUUGGUGUAUGGCUUGGUGGAUGGGCUGGUCACCUUCUACUUGCCUCUCUUGGUCAUGUGCAUCACCUACUACCGCAUUUUCAAGAUUGCCCGGGAUCAGGCCAAGAGGAUCCAUCAUAUCGGCUCCUGGAAGGCAGCCACCAUUGGGGAGCACAAAGCCACAGUGACACUGGCCGCCGUGAUGGGAGCCUUCAUUGUCUGCUGGUUCCCUUAUUUUACUGUGUUUGUUUACCGUGGGCUGAGAGGGGAUGAUGCCAUCAAUGAGGCCUUUGAAGCUGUUGUUUUGUGGCUGGGCUAUGCCAACUCGGCCCUAAACCCCAUCCUGUAUGCCACACUGAACAGAGACUUCCGCAUGGCAUACCAGCAGCUCUUCCGCUGCAGACCUUCCAGCCACAAUGCCCAUGAAACAACUCUGAGGUCCAGCAGCUCUCAGCUGGCCAGGAAUCAAAGCCGAGAACCCAUACGGAAGGAGGAGAAGCCCCUGAAGCUCCAGGUGUGGAGUGGGACAGAGGUCACAGCCACUCAAGGAGCCACAGACAGGAAGCCAGCGCUAUCCUGCACUGUGUGCUCCAGCAACCUUCUAAGCUGCUGCAAGAGUCUGUGGAGGCUUAGGGCCCUCCAGAGACACGUGAGAGGCCCCUCAGAGGAGCAGCCAGGCGAGCCACUGUCCGAGGAGCCACUGAGGACACCACCCCAGAAAGCGGUGAGGACUCUGCCCUCCGAGGCUGUCUAGACCCAGCCCAGGACACAGAAGAUACUGCUUCUGGUCACCAAGAUUUGACUCCUGGAGCCAUUACGGACCCAGAAGCCCCCCGAGCCACGAAGAUGCACCCUAGCCCGAGUCUAGGGAGUCCCAGAGCACACAGCAGGGUGCCGGGGUCCUUGGGUCUAGCGUGGAGCAGCCUGUCCUGUGCCCAGCAUUCCCAGCAGAUGCACAGAAGUCUCCUGGGUCUGGGUCCACUGAAUCCCAUGGGUUCAGAGCUCACGUUGGUGCUGGCCCUGAGUCAUGAGCAGAGAUGGCUGAACAUUGGAGGAGUGUGCGCAGGUGUGUGUGGAUUUGUACCUGCGGGAAUGCUCAGGCCCUCUGAGCACAGCAGAAGGCGUUGCCAAGAAGAGUUAGUCUCUCACUCCCUCAUGGGUUCUGUAGGAUAAAGGAAAGGAAUGGAGAGGGAAGGGGAGAGAAAGGAAAGGAAGGAAAUUAGCCUUUAAUGAGCACCUUCUGUGUGCCCAUUACUUUAUCCACAUGAGUUCACAUAAUCCUUAUAACAUGUGGUAAGAAUCGCCAACCUACUUUACAGAGGUAGAAACUGAGGCUCAAAGAAGACCAGGGCCUGCCUCAGGGUACUCAGCUAAUAUGGGUGCCUGGCUCAUAAGAGGCACUCGAAAAAUAGUUGUGCAGUGAAUGAACGAGUAGGAGCAUGGGUAAAAAGCCCGGCUUCAAGCCCAUGCUCUUGACAUGACCUUGCACUGCUUCUCAGGAGAGAGAUCAAGGUAUUUCCUUGACUCAGCCUACCCUCCUCUUAGCGAGGCUCGGACCCGGAGCCUAGGAGAUCCCUUCAUGCUGCAGUACUAACCCUCUCUGGUGCUUUUCAUCAACAAGAAGGGGUGUGGAGUGGAGCGAACAU